UGUUUCUAUUUCUUUUCGGUGUUAUUUUUUAAGAUAGCAAUUCCGCGAAAUACCACCGCAAUUCUCAAUAAGCUGAUAAGGUGCAGACACGUUUUCAUAGACUACCACCAGAGUCAUUUUGCUUCUGUUUUUUUUUUGGCAGGAAAUGUUUGAUCAUUGACUUUGCCGGAAAUUUCAGGCAACAAGCAGGGCGCUAACUGUUUUGGAUCUCCGUUUAAAAUUUGACAAACAUCUAAUGAAUUGGUCAUGUUCGUCGGAAUGCAACCAACAUGAACGAACAGUGAUAAUUUCAUAAUGAUUCUUAACUAUGCAGCGACCUGCAAUCAUUUCCCCUGGGUGGCUCGAGUAGUUUCUCGCUUUAGACAUCUCCAGAUCUCGCCUUUCACAUUAACAUACUCGUAGUACACAUACACAUAUCAUUCCAUAAACCAUUGACAAAUCUAAGCUUCAGGCAGCUCCGCUCCUCACCCACUGAUGAAACCUCUUAAGAAAAGUGAAAAUCCACCACACGUCUAGCGAGACUGAUUGGCGCAACGAAGCAGACAAUUGCCAAAGCACAAGGCACAAUUUGUCGCCACUCCACUGCAGUGGCAGUAAGUAAUACAAUCCCCCAAAACACUAUUAUAAAGUCGAUGACAUCGCUGCCGGGCGAGCUUAGUCAUAAUGUGGCCCACCAAACGGAAGGUUCAGGCGGCGUUAAGCCUGCUUUGGCUCAGUCUCGUCUCAGUUUCUCUGGCAGAGAACGCCAACGAUGAUCCGGCCAGCAAUCAAAUCAAUUCGGAGGGCUCGGCAUCAGGCAAGAGUUUCGAUCCACCGCCAGAGUUCUACAAAGGUGGCCUCUCAUCGGAGACACAGGCUGCUUCAGGACUACACCCUUCGUUGGGCAGGUUGGGUGAGAGCCUGAACGAGGCCUAUAGCAAGUGGCGCAAUAGUCCGCAGGAGCGCAUUAUUGUGGGCCACUAUGGAGGCGGAGUAGCAUCGCAUGGACAGAACCACGCUAACUUUGAAACAAAUUCCCAUAACCAUCCAUAUCCUUAUGAGUACAACACACACGGCGGGGGGUCUGUUGGUGGUGGGGCUGGAGCCUACUACAGCGGCGGCUCAAGUGGCGAAACAGGUGGAAUACCUUUCGACGUCUAUGGAACGCGUCAUGGUGCUGGCUUGGGCCAUCCCCAUUAUAAUCCUGCCCCAGCUGGCCCGGAGUAUGCCUAUCACUAUCCUGUGGAGGCCCAUGAGAUAGCCACGCACAAGGGCCAGGGACAUACCGAAGUCUCGGCGAAGGCGCUGUUGGCCAAGAGUUUUUUAAUACCUCUGGCAAGUGCGGCUGUACUGGGCAUAGCCGCCGCCUUGGUAAGUAAUCCUCUGCUGCUGCAAUUGGGCACAGUCUCCGGAUUGGGACAGGCGUUAGCCGGCAAGCGCAAGCGACGUUCUCUAAGGCGGCCGCAUCUAUCUGACAAAUGGUAACAGGAAUGCGGGGAAGGGAAUUUAAUUAAUUCAUUCAAUAAAUAUGCCAUUCAUAGCAAGAGU